GCAGAGGCUGCCGCAGCUCCUGCCGCAGUCGCCUCCCCAUUCCCGUUCCCCAUUGUUCCCCACCCCAUCCGUCCCCAUCCCCGCCAUGGCGCUUGAAGCCGGGAAGAGCUCUCAUCUCCGGGGGGCCUGCGGGGAAUCUGCGGAGCUUGGAGGUGAAGCUAGCGAGGAGGAGCACCCCCAAGUCUGUGCCAAAUGCUGCGCACAAUUCACUGACCCUUCUGAAUUCCUCGCUCACCAGAAUGCUUGUGCUACUGAUCCUCCUGUAAUGGUGAUCAUGGGGAGCCAGGAAAACCCCAACAACGCUUCAGCAUCUUCAGAAUCCCGGCCAGAAGGCCACAAUAGUCCCCAGGCCAUGGACACAGAGCAUAGCAAUCCCCCGGACUCUGGGUCCUCCGGGCCCACAGAUUCCACCUGGGGCCCAGAGAGGAGAGGAGGAGAAGAAUCAUCAGGGCAUUUCCUGGUCGCUGCCACAGGUACAGCGCCUGGGGGAGGUGGGGGCCUGAUCUUGGCCAGUCCCAAGCUGGGAGCAACCCCAUUGCCUCCAGAAUCCACCUCUGUCCCCCCUCCUCCUCUGCCUCCCCCUCCCCCCCCUGGCGUAAGCAGCGGCCACUUGAACAUUCCUCUGAUCUUGGAAGAGCUGCGGGUACUGCAGCAAAGGCAGAUCCAUCAGAUGCAAAUGACUGAGCAAAUCUGCCGCCAGGUGCUGCUGCUGGGCUCCUUAGGCCAGACAGUGGGUGCUCCUGCCAGUCCCUCAGAGCUACCUGGGACUGGAACUGUCUCCUCCACCAAGCCCCUACUCCCCCUCUUCAGCCCCAUCAAGCCUGUCCAAACUGGCAAGACACUGGUACCUUCCUCCUCCUCCUCCUCCUCUUCCUCCUCCUCCUCCUCUUCCUCUUCCUCCUCAGGGGCGGAAACACCGAAGCAGGCUUUCUUUCACCUUUAUCAUCCAUUGGGGUCACAGCACUCCUUCUCUGCUGGUGGGGUUGGACGAAGCCACAAGCCUACCCCUGCCCCCUCCUCAGCCCUGCCAGGCAGCACAGAGCAGCUGGUUACUUCCCCUCAUCUGGCAUUCCCAGGCACCACAGGACUGUUGGCUGCACAGUGUCUUGGAGCCACCAGGGGCCUUGAGGCUACUGCCUCUCCAGGUCUCCUGAAGCCAAAGAAUGGAAGUGGCGAGCUGGGCUAUGGGGAAGUCAUGGGUCCUUUAGAGAAGACUGGGGGAAGGCACAAAUGCCGCUUCUGUGCCAAAGUAUUCGGCAGUGACAGCGCUCUGCAGAUCCAUCUUCGUUCUCACACUGGCGAGAGGCCCUAUAAGUGCAACGUCUGUGGCAACCGCUUUACCACCCGAGGCAACCUCAAAGUCCAUUUCCACCGGCAUCGGGAGAAGUAUCCACAUGUGCAAAUGAACCCACAUCCUGUUCCAGAGCACCUAGACUAUGUCAUUACCAGCAGUGGCCUGCCCUAUGGCAUGUCUGUGCCACCCGAAAAAGCUGAAGAAGAGGCAGUCACACCAGGUGGAGGUGUUGAACGCAAGCCUCUGGUAGCCUCCACCACAGCACUUAGUGCCACAGAGAGUCUGACGCUGCUGUCUACUGGUGCAGGCACAGCUACAGCCCCUGGGCUCCCUGCUUUCAAUAAGUUUGUGCUCAUGAAAGCAGUGGAGCCCAAAAAUAAGGCAGAUGAAAACACUCCCCCAGGAAGUGAAGGCUCAGCCAUCAGUGGAGUGGCCGAAAGUGGCCCAGCAGCCCGGAUGCAGCUAAGUAAGCUGGUGACUUCACUCCCAAGCUGGGCACUGCUUACUAACCACUUCAAGUCCACUGGCAGCUUCCCUUUCCCCUAUGUGCUGGAGCCCUUGGGAGCCUCACCCUCGGAGACAUCAAAGCUACAACAGCUGGUAGAGAAGAUUGACCGACAAGGAGCCGUGGCCGUGGGCUCUACUGCUUCAGGAGCCCCCACCACUUCUGCCCCUGCGCCAUCACCUUCGGCUUCUUCUGGACCUAACCAGUGUGUCAUCUGUCUCCGAGUGCUGAGCUGCCCUCGAGCCCUGCGCCUGCAUUAUGGCCAACAUGGAGGUGAGCGACCCUUCAAAUGCAAAGUGUGUGGCAGAGCCUUUUCCACCCGGGGCAAUCUUCGUGCACAUUUUGUGGGCCACAAGGCCAGUCCAGCUGCCCGGGCCCAGAACUCUUGCCCUAUCUGCCAGAAGAAGUUCACUAAUGCGGUUACUCUGCAGCAGCAUGUUCGAAUGCAUCUGGGAGGCCAGAUCCCAAAUGGAGGUACCACACUCCCUGAGAGCGGAGGAGCUGCCCAGGAGAAUGGCUCUGAGCAGUCUGCAGUCUCUGGGGCAGGAAGCUUCCCUCCGCAGCAGCAAACCCAACAGCCAUCACCAGAAGAGGAAUUGUCUGAGGAAGAGGAGGAGGAAGAGGAAGAAGAAGAAGAUGUGACUGAUGAAGAUUCCCUAGCAGGAAGAGGUUCAGAGAGCGGGGGUGAGAAAGCAAUAUCAGUGCGAGGUGAUUCAGAAGAGGCAUCUGGGGCAGAGGAGGAAGCGGGGAUAGCCAUAGCAGUGGCCUCUGGGAAGGAGAUGGAUGGUAAUGAGAAAGCCACUCAGCAGUGUUCUCUGCCACCACCACCUCCUCCUGACAUUGUGGAUCAACCCCAACCAAUGGAGCAGGACAGCUAUGAUGUUUCAGGCGGCAAGGAAGAGGGGGUCAAACCUGAGAGGAGCUCCAGCCCAGCGACAUCACUCCCCCAAGAAGGAGAAGGUACCUGCACCCCUUUGGUAGAGGAGCUGAGCUUACAGGAAACUGUGAGAAAGGAGCCAGGGGAGAGCAGCAGCAGAAAGGCUUGUGAGGUGUGCAGCCAGACCUUCCCUACUCAGACAGCCUUGGAGGAGCAUCAGAAGACCCACCCCAAGGAGGGGCUGCUCUUCACCUGUGUUUUUUGCAGGCAGAGCUUUCUUGAGCGGGCGACCCUCAAGAAGCAUAUGCUGCUGGCUCACCACCAGGUACCACCCUUUGCCCCCCACGGCCCUCAGAAUAUUGCCGCUCUGUCCUUGGUCCCUAGUUGUUCUCCUUCUAUUGCUUCCCCAGGGAUCUCUCCCUUCCCUCGAAAAGAUGACCCUACAAUCCCUUAAUUCUGUUAUCUAUACUUGCUAUCCUUUGAUCCAGGAAGCAGAAACCAAGAGCUCCACAGAGGGACCUCCCCAGGUAUUUUGUCUUUUUUCUCUGAGUUCUUACAUGAUAUGUCUCUAGUGGCUUUUUCUCUAGUCUCUGAGCUUAGGAAUUCUUGUGCUUCCAAGAGGAUGGCCCCCUUAGGAAUUUUUAAUCCCCUCUACAUUCCUUGUAACUGAGGAAAAUAGGCUUUCUGCAGCUUUUACAUUCUCAAGAGGACUCCUGUCCUCUUCCUUUUCCUUUCCCUUUGGCAGGUGCACCUAAGCACCCAUCUUUGCAAUUGCAACCCAGACUGAAGGGUCUGGCAGCUUGCUCUCAAAGGCCCAGUGUCACCCCUUGCUGAGGACUACUUGUCCCAAGA